UUUUUUUUUGUUGUCUUCGAUGCAUCCUCAAAGACAAUCCAAUCGUGACUCAUUACCAGCAGUCAUGUAUUUCUUGUCAGGCAUGGCUGUUGCCCUCAUGGGCUAUUCAGUUUAUUCACACUUAAAGACUUUACACGAUCGAAACAAAACACCUUAUAAAAACUCAAAUAAACAAGGAGCCAAGUUGGAAGACUCCAUUAGGCUCAAGUCUUUAGCUUAUUUAACACAAUCUCAUAAUGUGAAUAUUCAAAGCAGUUCAAUUAAGAUUAUUCUAGAAAGAGCCAUGUCAGCCCAUUAUUUACCAAAGAUCAUUGAUGCUUGCGAUAAACAUCAGCCUAUUGACAUUCGAUCCAAGGCACUUCCGUCCUUACAAUUAUUAACAAGAAAAGAGAACAACAAGACAGCAUUACUAGAAGCAGGUGCAUUGGGUGUGUUAGUGGAUGCAUUAAAGUGUACAGAUCCAGACAUGAAAGAAGUCACUCAACGGUAUGUGGCAGUGGCCAUUUGUGAUUUAAUUCAAGGCAGUGACAUCAACAAACAGUGUAUAUUAGAAUUAGGUGUAUUAGAACCCAUCAAACGCAUUCUUUCUUCCGAGGAAAUUAGAAAUAAUGAGUUAAAAUACUGGACACUUAUGAUAUUGUACCAAAUAUCCUUGAGUGAUCCACUACCAAGAGUGUUGAUUGAUCAUGGGUUUGUUAGUUUAUUAGCCAAGAUGGCCAGAAUGACUUAUGGUAACACCAAUAUGCCUAAAUUCUGUUUGCAGAGUCUAGUCCGCAUCACAGCCAAUGUGGAUGUAACAGAAGCCAAAAAGAUCUUGACAGAACUCUUAUCGUACAAUAUUGUGGAUUUGAUCUUUAAUUGUCUUCGAGGAGACGAUGUCGAAUUGAUCUAUUGGGCUGCUGGACUUAUGCAUGAAUUUGUCCUGAAAGAUGUAGCAGCAGACAAGUUUAGAGAAAUCAAGGGAAUCCAUACCAUUCUAUCAAGUCUGUUGUCUGCUGAGGAAAUGUAUAUCUCUCGAGUCGUGUUGCGUAUCAUCAAAUUCAUGGCUUUUGGACAAGACAAGUUUCGAACAGAGAUGGUAAGGACGGGUAUUGUGAAGAAAAUUAUGCAUUGCCUUUCAUUGGACGAUGAAGAUGUACGGUAUUGGGCUGUUCUUUGUAUUCAUGUCGUGGCAGGGCAAGUAGAAUCUCAUCAAGAUAUUAUUUCUGCUCCUGAGUUUGAAAUUUUGUUGGAAUUAGCCUUGUCUACCAAGAUCAAGGUGGCUAUCUUUAUAUCAGACAUACUUUCCUUAGUGUGUUGUAUCUCCAGCAAUCAUACCUUGAUGGAGCCCAAUUUACAUGCUAUUGCCAAAACAUUGAAUGAUUUACUUACAGAAGGAGAAUUGGACGUACAAUACAAUGCUGCCGGUGCUAUUUUCAAUGUGAUGACCAUGACCUAUGCAUUUAGUUGCAAAAUAAGAGAUGUUUGCUUCAAAAACUUGAUUCAACAGACUGUCUCUGCUUCCCAUGAACGAGUGCAACUUACUUGUGCAAAGGGAACCCUUGAAUUGGCUAUCAAAAAUCAACUCUUAUUGCCUCAAGUGAAUCAUCAAGUGAUUGAGCCCUUGAUUCAAAUUCUGGAUACGAUCUGUAAGUCAUUUUUACCUGUCAUUAUCACACAAGCCUUGAUCAAAGCCAACAAGUCAAAAGAGACCGAGAAUCCUACUAGAUCCCUCAUCACAGACAUAGACGAUGAAGAAUUUCCUCGUACACCAGACUAUGUCGAUGUCACAGAACAAGGUACUAUCUCUAAUGCUUCUCGACUUGACCGCGUACUUGAAAACAAGGGCCACACACAUCAUUCAGCAGACACCAAUUCAUCCUGGACAGACAUGGCGUAUUUGUUUGAUACGGCCAUCCCUAUCUCUCAACGUGAAUCCCUAUUAGCAGCAUUUGAGCUGCCUUUAUCGGCUCGCAACCAACUGGUAGGCGCAUUGUCUGCCCUCAACAUCUUGAUUGAAAAUGACCAAAUCAUCAGUUACCUUGUGACAGGCGAGAGUUAUCCUACAUUGACAGAAGAGUACAAAAAGGCUUAUUUGCCUCCUAGUGUGCGACACUUGAUACAGCAUUUGAUUCGGUUGUCUUUGUAUCCUGUCUUGGACACAUGGGCACAUUUGUUCUAUGCCCAUUAUCCAGUUCAUGAGCUGGAUGGGACAAAAGCAAAUGAACUGUAUCAUGCAUUGAUUCAAUGGAUUCGUACUCAUGUUGAACUCUCGCCUUCAAGUCAUCUAUCCACAGAUCAUAGUGACACAAGCGGUGAAGAAAAUGGGUUUAUCAGUAUUCAUUAUAAAAAGACACAUCGACACAAGUAUACUCGACACAACAACAACAACAACAAAAAUAGCAGUGGCAGUAGUAAUAGUAGUACAGAUUCUGAAAUAGAAGAUAAUCCUGUCCUAUCUGCCUACCCUUUACCUUCAAGAAAGCGAGUAGAAACAACCGCUGAACGCUUGGGCGAUAAUCGAAAACGAGGAUUUGCCAAUCGUGCCCUUACUGUCUUGAAUUCGAUUUCACGCUAUGCCACUAUUCGACAAUACUUGAUCCAAGAAGUGCCUUUACUUUCCAUUCUGGCUUAUCUAUAUGAAGACCAUAGCAGUCUUACAGACAGAGUGAUGGUCUGUCUAGGCACUUUAUUUGCCAGUGAUCCUUUUCAUGUAGCCAUACAUGAAUCGAAUUUUCAGCGACUGGCCAUUUUACUCUGGCGAGGUAUGAAGGCACCUUUAGCCAACAAAAAGAAGUCCUAUGUGUUCUAUAGUCGAUUGGUUCUUGUCUAUUGUAGUCAUUAUAUAGGCAAUGUGUACCAUACCUGUAAAAAACAAGUGCAUCAUAACCAUCCUGCCUUUGUUGAACUUGACUUGUUAAGCAAGUCGAAAUACUGCUUGGUCAAUUAUGAAAAUAGGCGUCAAGUGCGCAACGAAUCAUGGACAUUUGAGACGAUACGAGCCACGCAUGGCAUUCCUCCUGUGGUCGAAACCAAUGAAACACAUAAAUAUGCUUAUGAAGUGGUCUUGGAGUCCAGUGGAUUAAUGCAAGUAGGAUGGGUGACGGAGCACUUUGAAUUUGAUCCCGAAGGAGGACAAGGUGUAGGUGAUGAUAUUUACUCGUAUGGGUAUGAUGGUGAUCGAUCUAAGAAAUGGCAUGGUCGAUUUACGAGUGUCAAGACAAGUUAUGGCUUGAAAUGGGCAGAAGGCGAUGUGAUCACCUGCGCCAUUGAUUUAGAUGCAGGCGAGAUUCGGUAUUACAAAAAUGGCCAUGAUAUGGGUGUUGCUUUCUCAGGCGUGAUGUCUUCUCGAUCCUGGUAUCCAGCUAUUUCUUUAGCAACGGGUCAGCAAUGUAAAUUUCAAUUUGGUGGGUCAAUGGAUCCCUUAAGUUAUUUACCCAAAGAUUACAUGCCUGUGGGUCAAUUAGCACUUCAAUCGCCCGUGAAUAUGAAAUUGCCUCCUCCUCACUUUGUCAAGUUGGAUACGAUGACUGAAUCAGAUGAACAUGAUAUUGUUGAUCUGACAAAGGCUUUAGAGAAAAUGACAUUUCAUUCAGAAGAUGUGGGUAAUAUGGAGCCUAACAUUCGACCUGUGGAUGGAGGAGGGUUUAUGGAUUAUGUGCCUAAAACAAGUUUUAGUCUAUCGUCUUAUAUUGAUAAGGCACAUACAUUGUCUGUCGAAAUGGUGGAUACUUACAAAAAGCCAUUACCUUCUGUUUAUUUCGAAUUCACGCUUGGAUUCUUUCAACAUCAUGAAGACGUGUUUACCAAUACACAUAGCUUGAUUGCCUUUGGUCUCAAGAGCUUGAAUCCAGCCAUUGUGUUUUACUUUGAAUACGAUAAACAAGAACAUACAUGUUAUUUUGUGCUUGAACAUGCUCAUUCAAACUCAUUUGAUUUUGUUAUUCAGGAUGGCGAUACUGUAGGUAUGCUUUAUAUACACAAAACCAAUGAAGUAGGUUUGACUUUAAAUGGAUCGAUUCAAGCACUCGUUUAUCUCGGUAAUCAUACUAUCUUCACUCCUUAUGUACCAUUUACUACAGGAGCUAUAAAAUAUGAAAUCAAUUAUGGUGAGGAUCCUUACCUUUGGAAACAUGCCAAUAGUGCUGAAGCAAAACAAUGUCAUUAUCAAUACCUUUGUCGUCUCUUAGACAAAUAAAUUCCAUCUCCGCUAAAAAGCCUUUUUUUUUUUUUACCC